UGCCGCGGGCGGUUGGGCGGCGGGAGGUGCGGGCAGGACGCGGACUGCGGGCUGGGGGCCGUGGAGCCGUUUGCAGCCUCAGGCUCGGGAAGCAGCAGCGGCGCAGGGAUGGAUAGCCGGGUCCCCGCGCCUCACCGGCGCGCACAGCCUCGGCACCAGGAUGCCGGACCCCUGUCGCAGAGAGCCGGGGUGCAGAGCACCAUGGGCUCCUUCCCCGUGGUUCUCGGAAGAAGCUGAGGAAACGCUCUCGGUUCCAGGACGCGGAGGGGACCGUGGAGACGCUGCCAGCAUCUUCAACAGCGUGGACACCCUUGGUUCCUGAGUCUUCCCUGAGACUUGGAAGUGUAGUAGGAACUGACAGCUGGCUGGCAAAAAACUCAUUCAGGGAGAGAAGAGACAAAAGUGAAGUAUGAAAUUUUGAAUAAUGUUUUCAGGUAACUUUCUAUUUCCACUUAGAGUGGGUGUUUGGAAGGGUAAAUGCAGUUAUGGUUUGAAUUGUUUCAUUUAUCAACAGAUAUUUUUAAUAAAACUCAUAAUGCUAAGAUGCAGUGCUUUUUGCUUCUUUUUCCUGCCCUCCAGUUUCCUGGUAGCAGGGCAGGGAUCUGGGGAUCCCACCAUUCGGCCAGCAGGCUCUCACUCCAAUCCCCUGUUUUCAGCAUGCUGCCUAUACAUUUGGAGCUUUUCUGAUCAGUAUGUUCAGAGUAAAAUCUUUAUUUUCUUGCCUCAAAAAACAAUUGCCUGCUACUUAGGGUAAGAUAAAAUACCUAGGGGCACUGUUGUUCUGUCCACAGACUGGUAACCAUCCUCCUGUUUUUAGCCUUGUUACCCAUCGCCACUUUCUGGGGCACCUGGGGUGUCCAUGCCCUAAAUUUCAUGGGUCUCUUCCCAUCAGGGCCCACCUACCCUGGCUCUUUAUUUGGUAGACUCUUCUGCUAUGCUAAGGCCAUUUGCCAUUCCACUAUUCCCCUCUGUUUCAAAAGCCUGUUUGAAAUCACUCAUCUGAUAUUUCUGCUCUGUUUUUUCUUGUGGAAAAAACCCAUAUAUAAGAAGAUGGGGUCUCACUCUGUCACCAGGCUGGAGUGCAGUGGUGUGAUCAUAGCUCCCUGCAGCCUUAAACUUCUAAGCUCAAGUGAUUCUCCUGCCUCUGCCUUCGGAGUAUCUGGGACCACAGGUAUAUGCCACCUUUCCCCACUAAGUUUUUCAUUUUUUCCCUGCACUUUGGGGGGCCAAAGUGGGAGGAUCACUUGGAGCCAGGAGUUUGAGACCAGCCUGAGCAACAUAGCAAGAUACUGUCGCUAUUAAAAAAAUGUAAAAACUACACAAGUGUGGUUGUGAGCACCUGUAGUCCCAGCUACUCAGGAGGUUAAGACAGGAAAAUACUUGAGCCCAAGUACUGGAAGUUAUAGUAAACUAUGAUGAUGCCACUUCACUCUAGCCCAGGCAAAAGAGUGAGACCUAAUCUCAAUAAAUAAAUAAAUAAAUACAUAAAAGAAAGCUAAUCUUGAAAUAAAAUCUUUAAAGAAUGCAGUGAGUUAGAAAGCACAACAAAAAAGUCUUUUUCUAGGCAUUAUUUAAUUUCUUCUUCUUUUAAAUUUGAGACAAAGCCCCACUCUGUUGCUGAAGCUAAAGUGCCAUGGUGUCAGCCUAGCUCACAGCAACCUCUAACUCCUGGGUUCAAGAUAUCCCUUUGCCUCAGCUUCCUGAGUAGCUGUGACUACAGAUGCCUGGCAUAAUGCCAGGCUAAUUUUUCUAUUUUUAGUAGAGAUAGGGGUCUUGCUCUUGCUCAGGCUGGUGUUGAACUCCUAAGCUUAAGGAAUCCUCUGACCUGGGCUUCCCAGAGUGCUAGGAUUACAUGUGCGAGCCACCAUGCUUGGCCAAUAUUAUCCGAUUUCUUUACCACACCCUGAUGGGAUGGAUGUUUUAUGGUUAUUGUUGCACACACAAGACACUCAGAACUCUCAGAGGCCAAGAGACAUGAUGAGGGCACGCAGUAAUAAGUUAAAGAGUUGUAGACUUAGGAUUGAAACCUGGUCUGUCUGAUCCCCAGAUUUUCUGCAGAUGAACUGUUAUCUGUGUGGAAGUUGUAGCUGAAUUUGAAAAUUGCUGAGUUGAGAACAUUGGCACUUGAUGUUCAGUCAGGAUGUUUCCCAGGAGGAAAGGGCAUUCUAGGAACGAGAAGCAUUCUUCAUCAAAAGUAUAGUUUCAGACUUAAAUAUUGGCAUCUUUGAAGUACAAAAAGAUUGAGCAAGAUAAAAGAAUCAACUAAAAAAGAUGAAGGCUUGAAGACAUGGGGCUAUUCCAUUAAGGCACAUUGACAUUUAGAGAAUAAAGUAUUUGACAAUGUUUUUUCCCCAAAAAUGUUAGUGUUUAAACAAUUUUAAAAUUGUUCUACUAAAUUAAAAAAAAAAAGAGAGCUUUAAAAGUGUUUAUAGCAAGGCUCGGCACCUGUAGCUCAGUGAGUAGGACGCCAGCCACAUUCACCAAAGGUGGCAGAUUUGAGCCCGGCCCAGGCCUGCUAAACAAUGACAACUGCAACCAAAAUAAUAAUAAAAAUAAAAAUAAAAUAAAGGUGCAUUUAACUACAAUUUCUAUAGAACUCUGUAGAAAGUCUUUUCUAAAAGAUUUUUUUUUUUUUUUUUUUUGAGGCAGAGUCUCAAGCUGUUGCCCUGGGUAGAAUGCCAUGGCAUCACAGCUCACAGCAAUCUCAAAGCCUUGGGCUUAAGUGAUUCUCUUGCCUCAGUCUCCCAAGUAGCUGGGACUACAGGGGCCUGCCACAACGUCUGGCUAUUUUUGUUGUUGUUGUUGCAGUUGUCAUUGUUAUUUUAGCUGGCCCAGGCUGGUUCAAACCCGCCAGCCUUGGUGUAUGUGGCUGGUGCCCUACCCUCUGAGCCACGGACGCUGCCUUUUUCAAAAGAUUCUUAAAAGACUUAAAAAAAAAAGAUUGGCUCACAUAAUAGAAACUAUAUAAGAGUGUAAUAUUGAAAUCUGGUAUUGGGCGGCACCUUUGGCUCAAGCAGUAAGGUGCCAGCCCCAUGUAACAGAGGUGGUGGGUUCAAACCUGGCCUUGGCCAAAAACUGCAAAAAAAAAGAAAGAAAGAAAGAAAGAAAUCCAGUAUCUAGCAACUUGUUUUUCUUUGAAUAUCUGUUUCUUAAAUGCUACUUUUGGUCAAAGGAUUUUUGUUUGUUUUGUUUUUAUGUAUAGUUUCUUGAAUUGCAGUUACUAAGUGGCUUCUAUAUUUGAUAUUAUGUUCCAACUCAAUUCUCUAAAUUUCUUUGCACUAUUAAACUCGUUUGUAAAUGAAAAAUGGUGAAGAGGGUUUCUUUCAUGAUCAUUGUCUCACAUGCGCUCUUUUCAGAUGCUUUGCUCUCAGACUAGACCUCCAAGUUGGACACAAGCUGUCAGCAGAUCCUACAUUCCUAAAUUCCUGGGUUGCAGCAGGUAUUGAUUUUCGACUUUUGAAGAUGGAUGAAGGUAUAGAAAUUUCCAGCGAUGGAAAUUCCUUGAUCAAAGCAGUCCACCAGAGCCGGCUUCGCCUUACAAGACUUUUGCUGGAAGGCGGUGCCUACAUUAAUGAAAGCAAUGACCGGGGGGAAACCCCUUUAAUGAUCGCCUGUAAGACCAAACAUGUUGAUCAUCAGAGUGUCAGUAAAGCCAAAAUGGUUAAAUACCUGUUAGAGAACAAUGCCGAUCCCAACAUCCAGGACAAGUCUGGGAAAACUGCCCUGAUGCACGCUUGCUUAGAGAAAGCUGGGCCCGAAGUUGUUUCUUUGCUCCUGCAGAGUGGGGCUGACCUCAGCUUGCAGGACCAUUCCAGUUACUCGGCUCUCGUUUAUGCUAUAAAUUCAGAAGACAGAGAGACCCUGAAAGUUCUGCUGAGUGCUUGCAAAGCAAAGGGGAAAGAGGUCAUCAUCAUCACAACAGCGAAAUCGCCCUCUGGAAGACACAGAACUAGGCAGUUCUUGAACAUGCCGCCGGCGGACAUGGGUGGGAGUCACUCCUCAGCCUCCUGCACCACUCCUUCUGAAAUAGACAUCAAAACAGCCUCAUUGCCACGUUCACAUUCUUCUGAAGCUGAAUUGAUGCUUUCUGGCUUUAAAGAUCGUGAGCCUUCCGGAAGCAGUGAUGAUGCCCAGGACCCAAGCUCCCCUGGGAAAAAGCUUCCUGUGGCCCCUAAUGGGCCCAAGCUGGCCCAGGCUCCUCCCUGGCUCAAGAGUCCCCCAUUAUUAAUGCACCAGGUCAGAGUGGCCUCCUUGCAAGAGGAGCUCCAGGAUAUUACGCCAGAGGAAGAAUUAUCCUAUAAAACCAAUGGCUUGGCGCUUUCCAAGAGAUUCAUCACCAGGCACCAGAGCAUUGAUGUAAAAGACACGGCACAUUUGCUAAGAGCCUUGGAUCAAGCUAGCUCAAGGAAGAUGUCAUAUGAUGAAAUUAAUUAUCAGUCUUUUUUUCCAGAAGGAAAUCAGCAAUGCAUUGAAAUCCCUGUUGACCAGGACCCAGAUUCUAACCAGACAAUGUUUGCUUCCACCUUAGGGAGUAUAGUUCAAAAAAGAAACUCGGGGGCGAAUCACUACAGCUCUGAUUCCCAGCUUGCUGCAGGUGUUACCCCACCAACUUCAGAAGAUGGCAAAGCACUUACAGGAAAGAAAAAGGUCCUUUCGCCAUCCCCAUUGCAGUUGUCAGGGGGCAAAGAAUUGUUCGAGAACAUGCCACCAGGGGUCCUGAGCAGGAGAAACCACGCAGUUCUAGAAAGGCGUGGUUCAGGAGCUUUCCCUUUAGAUCACAAUAUUACCCAGACCAGGCCAGGAUUCCUGCCACCCUUAAAUGUAAAUUCUCACCCUGCCAGCUCAGAUGUCAAUGUCAGCAAGAUUUGCAGUCUUUUUUCUUGUGGUCAAAAAGUGUUUGUUCCAACAGUUCCUAUUUUCCCUAAAGAACUCAAGAGUAAAAAAAUGUUGUUAAGGAGACAGUCCUUGCAAACAGAACAAAUUAAGCAAUUAGUAAAUUUUUGAAAACACAUUUUCUUCAAAUAUGCCUCUAUCAGAGAAAUAUAAAACUAGAGAAUAAAUCGUAAAUAUUCAUUCUUUUAAAUCUUGUAAUUGGCUAGUCCUUAAUGGUUAGGCAGAUCAAAAGGUAGCAAGUGUUGUACUAUUCACCACGAACUCACAAAUACAGUUUCAGCUAAGGGAAUUCUCUCAAACAAAAUGAAAACUAUUUUUCUCAAACCCUCCAAUAUUUAACAAUUUUCAUGUGGUCCAAAUUUGUCAUUUAAAUCAUUUAAACAAAAAGCAUGCCCAGGCACAGUGGCUCAUACUUGUAAUCCUAGCUCUAUUUGUAAUCCUAGCACUCUGGAGGCCCAGGUGGGAGGACUGUUUGAGCACAGGUAUUUGAGACCAGACUGAGCAAGAGCAAGACCUUGUCUCUAUGUUUAAAAAUAGAAGAAAGAAAAAGAGAGAAGAAAGAAAGAAGAAAAAUAAAAUAAAAGGCAGUGAAAGAAGGCCGCAUAUGUUGGAGAUAAUUUAUAUUUAAAUUUCAGAUUGGCUGGCUCGGUGCCUGUAGCUCAGCAAGUAGGGUGCUGGCCACAUACACUGUGGCUAGCGGGUUCGAGCCUGGCCCGGGCCUGCUAAACAACAAUGACAACUGCAACCAAAAAAUAGCCAGGCGUUGUGGCAGCUCCUAUAGUCCUAGCUGGGCGGGAGGCUGAGGCAGAAGAAUCACUUAAGCCCAAGAGUUAGAGGUUGCUGUGAGCUGUAAUGCCAUAGCACUCUACCGAGGGCGACAUAAUGAGACUCUCUCAAAAAAAAAAAAUUCAGAAUGGCCAAAUAUUU